AUGUAUUUCCGAGAAGAGUCAACGUCGGCAAAUAAACCUCCGCCUCCAGUACCGCGGCCUAGUUCAUCGGUACUGCUUGUUUCACCGUCUAAUGAGGUUCUGCUGCUUCAUCGCGUGAAGACGUCUUCUUCGUUUGCCUCUGCGCAUGUCUUUCCUGGUGGGAACUUAGAUCCUUAUCAUGAUGGCGAAAUACCCGAGGAGAGCUCGCCGGAGAGGCAUCAGGAUGGACUGGCGUACAGAGUAGGUGCGAUCAGAGAGACGUUUGAAGAGACAGGUAUCUUGUUAGCCAGGAAGGACAACGAGCUCAUAAAUCUGGACGUGAAGGAUAGAGAUGCUGCGAGGAAGAUGAUCCAUGGAAACCAAGUCAAGUUCUUGGAUUGGCUAAAGUCAGUCAGCGCUGAACCAGACUUGGAUGGUCUCAUUCCUUUUACACGUUGGGUAACACCAGCUGCGAACAACAAGCGCUUCACAACACAGAUGUAUCUAUACAUGCUCCCACAGUCACGGGAUGACAUGCCAUCCGAGAUGCUCAUCCCAACACCAGACAAUGGCGUCGAACAUACAGCCGCGCUCUUCGCAUCAGCACAGUCUUUCCUCUCCCGCGCUUCCACCAACAGCAUUAUUCUCUUCCCACCACAGCACUUCCUCCUCACACUAGUCUCCAAGAUCCUCUCAGAAAAGGCAGAACCGCAGCAAGUUACAGAACAACGAGAGAAGCUACUAUCUUUCCUGGAGCAGGUACCCACGGCAGAGACGAAGAAAGGCCAGGAGCACAAGACAGCUUUGAUCCCCUGGGGCGACAAAGUCAUGAGCCCGCAUAACCUGUUUAUAAGGAAACAGGAUAAGAGGAUUGUGCUGGGCUUGGAUAAGCCAGGGCCGGAGCUUAGAAACUCGGAUAGAGGGGGUGACUGGGAACGUGUGGUUCUUGUCAAUUUCGGUAAAGGCGGACCGACGAAUGUUGAAGUUAGGAGGCGAGAGGAUGUAUUGGAAGAGGAGAGACAGAGUAAAGCUCAGGAAGAAAGACUAUAA